AUGGACUUGUAUAUGGUGGAAAGUAUUUUCAUAUGCGUCGUUGGGCGCGCUCAUAUUAUAAAUUUAGUGGUUCAAGAUGGGCUGAAAUGCAUAGAUCCUUGUGUCACCAAAAUUAGUGAAUGUGUUAAGUAUGUGAAAGGCUCUCAAGUUAGAAAGCAAAAGUUUCUUGAAUGUGUUGCUCAUAGUUCUCUUGAUAGCAAGAAAGGAUUAAGGCAAGAUGUCACUACUCGAUGGAACUCAACUUAUAUCAUGCUUGAAAGUGCCAUUUAUUAUCGCCGUGCAUUCAUGCAUUUAGAAUUGAGUGAUUCAAACUUCAAGCAUUGUCCUUCAAGAGAUGAAUGGGAGAAAGUGGAGAAAAUUAAAAAAAUUUUAGCUCUAUUUUAUGCCAUUACCAAUCUAUUCUCCGGUUCAAAGUAUCCAACUACAAACAUGUAUAUUCCUUUAGUUGUGACCGCUUAUUUGAAAAUGAAAGACGAGGUGGAUGGCUUUGAUGAGUGCAUGAGUUCUAUGGUUGUUGUGAUGCUUGAAAAAUUUCAGAAAUAUUGGGAUGAUUUCAAUAAGUUACUAGCCAUGGCUAUUAUUAUGGAUCCUCGAUAUAAGUUUCAUUUUGUGGAUUGGAGCUAUAAAAUGAUAUAUGGUGUGGAUAUGGGAAAAGCUAAGGUGGAAGAAUUGCGAGGGGUUCUUAAGUCUCUUUUUGAUCAUUAUGUGGAUGUAUCUCCGUUGGCAUCAAUUAGAUCAACCAAUUUAGCUCCAACAACUCAUAAUGCUUCGAAACUUGCUCGAUAA